UUCUAUGAGACCGAGAGCCGAUAGUAACCGAGGAGCUACCAUUUCAUAGCGUUCGCUUUGAGACCGAACGGUCGUGUCGGUCAAACAUGAUUGAGAUAUAGCGGCUGUGAACGAUUGUAUCAAUCACGCGAUUGUUGGGACUCGGUCGUUUUGACUCGGUCGUUCAUAACCGACACAGGACUAAUCAGGAUUCAGAUGAUGCAAGAAAUUAAGUGAAAUACGAUCAUGAAACUUAUAUUUCUAUUACCUACGUCUUGAUCUACACUGCAACGGUAACAUUUAUGCUUAACACAACUACGGUGUUAAACCUUGUUUAUUGUUAAAAUUUCAAAUUCGAGUAAUUUAUUAAUUAGUGCAUAUUGUACGUGUAAGAAGAGGUUAUAUGCGGCUGCAUAAAAAUGAGUUUUCCUGAGGAUAAUGGGUAUACUAAUACUCGAAAUGCACGUGGAGAUUCCAGGAAUGGUCUUUCUAUCAAACAAGCAUAUAGUAACGGUGGUCUGAAAGCUGGGGCUGUCAGAGCCCUAGGACUGGCAUACCGUGUGCUGUCUCGACGCAAGGCAGCAGAGGAGGGAGUAGCUCGUUUGGCAAGAGUACUUUCAGCUUUGGACCUGACUGCACUGGGAGUGGGUAGUACACUUGGAGUAGGAGUUUAUGUAUUAGCUGGAGAUGUUGCCAAAAACUAUGCAGGUCCAGCUGUGGUCUUGUCAUUCCUGUUAGCAGCUGUUGCAAGUGUUUUUGCAGGUCUGUGUUAUGCAGAGUUUGGUGCUCGUGUCCCAAAGGCAGGGUCAGCAUAUGUGUACAGUUAUGUAUGUGUUGGAGAGUUUAUUGCGUUUAUUAUUGGAUGGAAUCUCAUACUUGAAUAUAUAAUAGGUGCAGCCUCUGUAACUAAGGCAUUGAGCGAGUAUCUGGAUUCACUGUUAGACAAGGCAAUAUCCAGCCGCUUACUUGAAUGGAUGCCUAUGGAUUCACCACAUCUUGCCAAAUAUCCCGAUAUUUUUGCCUUUACUGUCAUAAUGAUCUUUUCUGUAUCGCUCGCGUUUGGCGUGAAAGAGUCGACAAAGUUCAACAACUUCUGUACCGGCGUGAAUUUAUGUGUUGUGCUGUUUGUCAUAAUAUCGGGCUCCUUCAAAGCUGAUACGAAAAACUGGCGCAUACCAGCAGAAGAAGUCCCGAAAGGUGGGGGGCGGGACUUCGGUAGCGGCGGCUUCGCCCCUUACGGGAUCGCUGGGAUCAUCCGGGGCGCGGCUGUCUGCUUCUACGGCUUCAUAGGCUUCGACUGCGUAGCAACGGCCGGCGAAGAAGCGCGUAGACCCCAGAAAAGCAUACCCUUUGCUGUGGUCGCUUCGUUGCUAGUUGUGUUCCUUGCCUACUGCGGUGUGUCUUGCGUGCUCACACUUGUCUUGCCUUACUAUAUGCAGGACGAAAAGGCACCGUUCCCGUAUGUGUUUGAUCAAUUGGGAUGGAGUUGGGCCAAAUAUGCUGUCAGCGUUGGUGCCGUUUGCGCUCUUUGCUCAAGUCUUCUGGGUUCGGUAUUUCCUCUGCCACGUAUAAUUUACGCGAUGUCAGCGGACGGAUUGCUUUUCCGUUUCAUGGGAGGAGUUAGCGAGAAGUUCCAUACACCGAUUGUUGGAACAGUUGUUGCGGGGCUUUUUACAGGCACGCUCGCGAUGUUAUUCGAGUUGGAGCAGUUAAUUCAUAUGAUGUCCAUCGGCACACUGCUAGCCUACUCCAUGGUCGCCUCCUGUGUGCUUUUACUCAGAUACGAGCGUACACAGAGUACGCGCACUGCGAGUGAAACAACACGUAUGAGCAUGCGAGGAUGCGUACGUCAAGUGUUUAACGUGGACGGCCUGACCACGCCCACACAGCUCAGUGCCACGACUGUCAACAUACUCGUCACGUUAUACGGCGUUUGGUGUUUCUUGAUGAUGGGCAGCAUCAGUGGACACGGGGACGCGAUCCUGUCAGGCGCUCCAGGCCCGUUGGCGGCGGUGGUGGUGGGAUCUUUCCUGGUGCUCACCACGCUCUACGCGAUCUCGCGGCAACCCGUUUCAGACAAGAAACUCGCUUUCUCGGUUCCUCUGGUACCGUGGCUGCCCGGUCUCAGUAUUCUCAUCAACGUUUACUUAAUGCUGAAUCUCGACUACAUGACGUGGAUUCGAUUCUCCGUCUGGCUAGCUGCUGGUCUCCUAAUCUACCUCACAUAUGGCGCAUGGCACAGCGCGGAGCGUCGGCGCUCACCCGAUGUUCAAUUGGCUGAGCUGCACAAUGACAGCCACACGGCGCUUUUGCAGCACGCUGGAGCUGCCCACGUCCUUGGAUGACCUUCAACGGACCCGGCUGAACCUACUAUCCCAACCAGUCCUACCGGUAGGGACAUGAUCCCAUGGCUGUAGAAAUUUUGGGGCUUCUGAUCAAAAUACGACAGUUGGUUGUGGCAGUCCUCUCGUGAUGUUAGCCUGACACUGUCUAAAGAAUUCUGAAGAGACCAAAACAGGUGUAAAUCUGAAGAUGCAAGGUCAUUAACACCUCCCAGCUAAGCUCUCUUAAUUUUUGUGAGUGGAUGUGUGAGGUCUAACGUUAUCAUGAUGAAAAACCACACCCCUUCUGUUGAUUAAUUCCGGCUGCUUUAUCUCAACUUCUUGCUUUAAUCUCGAACUGUUCGAAGUAGAGUUCAGAAUCGAUGGUCCUGCCUGGUGGUAUCAGCUCAUAAUGCCCUUCCAAUCCCACCACACACACAGCCACAUUCUGUGAAGCCUGACCGGCCUUUGACCACGACCUACUUCGCACGUUCUUGUCGUACGUGAUCCACUUUUCAUUACCAGUUUCUUCAAAAAUGGUUCGGUUUCAUUACGUCGUAAUAAAGAAUCACAAAUGAAUACACGGUUCAUUUGGUUACUCUCAGUGAGAUCGUGAGGUACCCAAAUAUCGAGCUUUUUUGUGUACCCAGUUUUUUUCAAAUGCACCAAAAUUGUUUUGUGGUCAAUUACCAGUUCUUCAGAUACGUCGUAACUACUGUACUGUGUGUAUGUAUAUGCCGAUCUUGCUCCACUUUUUCGUGCAUCUUUGACAUCGAAACUUCCGGAUAAAUUUCCGCUUAAAGCAAAUUUGUGCUAAUCUCACAGACACUGCACUAGGUCCAUAAACAUCGCAAAAAAAUUUCGCGGCUUGCGAUGCAAUUUUACCUGUUUUGUAGUAAAAUUUUGAAAUGUUUAGAUUCAUUAAGAUGUACUCACAACAAAUGACACAUUUUCCUAAUUUGAAUUGGAUCUUCUUUAAAAUUUAAAUUUUUAAUGAUACCAUAAACCAGCCAGAUACAAAUAGUAUAGCCAAAGAGAUUUUAUUACAAGUUCGUACAUACUAUAAUGCGAAAAGACUUUUUCCCCAACCUAAUAUACAACUUUGUUAUUAUUAGUUGUAUAAUUUCCGUUUCAUCAAAUAAUUUGUACAUUUUUAGAACUAUUUGCUAAAAAAAUAUUUUUAUCUGUAACGUUCACUACGUCCUAUUAGGUAGUGAUGAAUUAUUGUUAAUUUAAUUUGAAAACUAUCAUAGAAAAUAUACUCGUUGUAUUUUACUAUUGUUAUAAUAUGUUUGGUAUUAAUUACCAUGUCAUGUGAUUAUACAUAAAUCAUUGUCCAACAUUGGACGUUUUAUGUGGUUCACAAAUGUUUAUGUAAAAAAAAUUUCAGCGCCUGUGGUGAUUGCGCAAAAUAUUUUACCAAAAUUCGUUUAGUUUGUCAAACAUAUGGAAGAUAUUUCUAUCUCUCUAGGCGUAGCCUAUAAGUACCAAAUGGAUUGUAGAAUCUCAUUUGCCGUUUCUUGUAUUAUGCCAAAGUAUUGUUUUAGCAUAGUGUAAGAGGAAACACACCCCGUUUUAUCAUUUCAUAGCAUAAGGUUUUUUGUAUUUUAAUUUUUAAGACAGAUUUUUCAACAUUUUACUGCCAAUAGUUUGACAUUAACUAUUAUUAUAUAAUAUUUUUUAUUGAUUGUAUUACGUGUACUUAGAAGUGUAAACUUCAGUAUUAUUCGAUCUGGCUGUGAGACAGCGGUAGUGAGUUAGUUAAUUUUAUAUUUCAUUUUGUUAAAUCGUUUAGAACGCUUGUUGUUCAGCUUAAUAAAUUGACUUAAAAUA